AUGACUAAAUACGAACGCCUUCAAGAGCGAGGCAGCUAUGAAUACGAUGGUUCUGAUCCCGUCGAAUUCAACCACGAAGCAACCGCAACCCGAACCCAACGUCGAAAGCUAAUAUCCCGAGUCAAAUAUAUCCUUCUCCUAGUGUUCGCGACGCUCGGGUUCCUCGACAUAAUAUACCGAGCAUACACAUCCAUCCGCUCACGCAGACCAAUAUCUUGCAACUGCGGAGAAACCAUCGAAGAAGCCAUCGCCAACAAGUGUAAAUACGACUCGAUUGCAGCGGCCUGGCUCCCUCCCGCUUGUCGAAACGACGAACUCAUCGAGCAAUUCGAGUCCUCGGGACCCAACUCGGAUGGAAGCUGGGUGUACUACGCGGACAAGAAUAAGACGCAGAUUUUAUCCCUCGAGGAGGUAUCCAUGUUGCCGAAGACGGGGUCACAUUUCUUCACCACGCACCAGUGGCAUCUGGUCCAUUGUGCAUACUACUGGAAGAAGAUGUUUUUGGCGGCUGAGGUGGGCACGGUGAUUGAACAUCGAUAUAAUAAUAUGGCUCAUAUCAGUCACUGCGAGAUGAUGUUUCUGAAGCGGGAUCCGUUGGAUACGAUUGUCACGGAGGCUGGGGUGUCGUUGCAUUCGGAUCGGAUGGUGGUUGCAAAGAAACAUGGCCAUGGUGAUGGACACAAUGGACACGACGGACACAAUGGGUACAGCAUGGACAAGGACAAUUACUAG